CUCGCCCCAUGGCCCCCAGGACGUUGGAACAAGGAGGAAGACUUGCGCAGCAUCGCGCUCGCCGCUGGGACGCAACGCAGCUGGUUUUGUGGUACCGUAAAAGUUUGAAGCAAAGAGGGCUCAGCAGCUUUGUGCUAACACAGUAACAGAGGCGGGGCAGCCUGUGUGGGCAUCUCUGGUCUAGGAAUCCUCUUGCUUUAACAGGAGCCUGCUCGUUCAAAGAAGCAUGGUCGUCGCAGCUCAAGUCUCCAGGAAGCGUCUGCAAAAGCUCAGAGCAUGGAAUCGGAGGUGAUGGACGCAGCUACAGGGCAAGGCGUCCGAUUGGACCUCAGUCCCAAGGAGCGCCAGGCUCUCUACCUAGUGAGGCGCAGCAGGCGCGCGAGGCACCGGGCGAGAAACAGCCCCACAGGAACUGGGUCCACUUUCCGGGAGUCUCUCUCGCCUGACGCCCUGGAAAAUAACAGCAAGGUCUGGGGGGGAAGCAGAGGAGAUGCGAGUAUAGGGGGCAGAGUGUGGGGAAGAGAAGGAGCGCCUCUCCAGGAGAAAGAUCUGCACAGAGAAGGGGGAUCAGGCGCCUUGUGGGGGGGUCCCAACCGCCAUGCCCAAAGAAGACCCUCUGCUCAAGGACGUGGGGAGGGGGAGGCUGACGAGCGCUUGCGGGCCGACGAGAACGUGGGGCACGACACGUUUUCGGAGUCGCUGUGUUCUCCCGCCACGUUACAGAAGCUGCAGGACCACAGUCGGUUGAAAUGGGGGGCCCAGUCUCGAGAACUACAUUCAAAUGGGGUGGGCGUUCACGGUAGUGGUCAGGAGGGGCGGCAGGGAGGUGUGAACGGGCAGGACAGCCCAGCCUGGAGGCAGGACACUGAUAGCGAGCAGUGGGGCAGGGUGGAACGAGCCGCAACGGGAAAGCGAGCCGGGCAGUAUGAGGAUUGGCAGUACGAUCCUCGACGGAUGGCCCUUGCUCAGGGUCGAGAAAACGGGGCCGUGUUGAGAGAACACGAGGACGCUUCUCCCGGUGUCUCUCCAAACAAUGUGCUCCAGUGGGAUCGAGCUUCCCAGUCUUCCCACGUGCACUGGCACCCCUCUCACCACGAGGCGUCAUGCCGGGGGGACGACAGCGGCGGCGAGACCCCGUGCCCUUUCUGUGCGCAGGCGUGCUGCACGGAAGAGGCCAACUCGCUUCGCUGCCAUGACGCCACGUGUCACGCCGAUGGCUACCAUCCGCCGAGCCGGGAAAAUUCGCAUGCGUGGGGAGGAAGCACUUACCCCCCGCCAACUCCGCACCCGAGGCAAAGGGCCGAAGUCCACUCCCCAAACUCCCGCCACGCCAGUCCUAAACGCGCCGCAAUCUCGAAGCAACACUCCCAUGAGGCCUUGGGACACUCGCGAUUGGGGAGGGAUCCCUCUGCGUAUCUCAACACGCGGUUCACCGAACAAGGCGGCACGGCCAUGCCUUUCGUCGAGGGGGCCUGGCAAGGCGGCCCGAACACCCCCCUGUUUGGGUGCCCUUCCUCCCCCCUUCAAACGUUACCGCCCCGCUUCUCGCAGCCACCUUCCCCGUGUUUCAACCACGAGUCACGGCAGGGGGCCCAUUCAGACUCUUGUCGGGACCCCCCCAGAGCGCCGCACGGACAGCUCAACCCUCCUCAAUAUCGGAUGGCGGAUGGAUCCGGCGCACACGGGCCGCACGUGUCUGGGUCCGACGAACUCCGGCGGGAGUCCGAGGACCGAACGGAAUGCCUAGGCCUGUCUUCGAGGCCACUGUCGCGCACGUACACGGCGCACUGCCUUUGGGAUGUUCCCCCGGGGUUAGCGGCUAACCUGGCGGCAACCUACCCCCCCAAGAGCGCGCCCUUUACCCCCUACGAGAGCGGUUCUCCCGCUCGGGACCGGUUCGUGAGGCCCCUCCACCGAUUUCCCGAUCUCAUGCCGCUGGGGGGGGUGAGUUCCCCGCUGCAAGAACCCCCCUUGAUUAGCCCAGCCGUCCACACUUCGAACGGGCAGGCUGCGAGUCACGACCUGACACCUGGCAGGGAUCCGGGGUGGGCAGGUGUCGCCGAUAUGGACGCAUCACGUGGCGACCUGCCGGCGCUUUACCCGCUCUUCAACCAGCGGGAAGCGCCAUUUCACACCGUCACGCAAGAGAGGGGUGUGAAAACCUUCGCUUCUGCCAGCGACGCGCGAUCUGGGCCCAGUCUGAUUGGCGUCCUUAGAACUUAUUAUGGGACACGCACGGAGGUGCGGCCGCCAGAGGGGGCGCGCAAGCUGGCCGCGACUUACCCGGGCAACCUCCACCCCGGAAACCUGCAAAGCGCCCCCGACGUUUCGCCGAAAGGAACCGGUGACUCCUCCCAAUCGCCCCCCCUGACAGAAAGGAGAGCUUCGGUCCCAGGGAACGUGUCGGUGGUUUUGUCCCGCAGCGGGGGGGGCAGCUCACAUGUUGCGCUCAGGCCGCCGUCGACCCCCCGCUUGAAUCCGUCCCCCCGAACGCGGAGCCUGUUGCGCAGCAGCACCGCGGGGGAGAGCCAGAACGAGGGUGCGACCGGACGGCAUUCCGGUGGGGCGGAGGGAGCGGAAAUCCGGGCCGGCGAGGGGGUGGGCCGCUUUCAAGAGAAGGGCGAGGAGUCGAAGGGCUCCUCGGGCGGGGGACCGCGGAAGGAGCGAGACAGGGAGCGGUUUCAGAGAGCGGAUGCUGAGAACGAGCGGGAAAGAUCGGCCCCCGAGGGGGCCAAUCCGCAGGUGACACCUGGCGACGGGACAACUCCCGACCAGAGCGGUAGCGGGGCCGAGGAAUGCUCCCCGGCGCUCGAACGAUUGGUUUACAGCUGGCUCGACGGAAUCGCGUCGCGGUUGUCGGACGUUGAGUCCGACCGGGCUGUGACGUCAUCAGGAGCGUCGGACGGUUUCCCGCACCUGAGAGGCCCUGUUCGGAAGGGGUCGGUGGGCGGGGGCCUGCCGGGCGGGAGCGCUCCGGGCAAAACGGGGCCCCAAGAGAUUGCAGGGGGUGUGAAGCAGCAUUCAAGCCAACACAACCUCCAACCGGGUACCAGUCAACAUUCCGGCAGAUCGAGCCCCCUUUCCGUCAGGUCCAGCGGAACUGACCGGAAAGGGAGCAGCGGAUCGAGCCGGGACUUCCAGUCCACCGGACGGAGCCACGGGGCACCUCAUGCGGACGCGGGUCCAUGCGUGGAAGCCGCCGCCGUCCCGCAGAACACGGGCGGAACGCCGGCGGAAAGCCAGCGGAACGAGCGGAACUUCACGACGGCGGUUCCGUCCACGAAUACGACGAGCAGCGAAAAGUUCCGCUACGAAGCGGAGGUCCAAAGAGACCACGCAACCCUCCAGGAUUGGGUUACGUUUGCGCACGACCAACAAAAGUUCCAGGUCUUACAGGCCCAGGGGAAGGGGGACGGCGGCAACGAGAGGGGCGACAAAAAGCGCUUCUCCUCGGGAGAAGCGAAUGGAGGCAUCUCUGCGACCGCGGAGUUCGAGUUCCUGAAGCCCCACCGGAGGACCUCGCCCCUGUCUCGUUCGCACCCCGGUUCUAAUUGUAGCACCCCUACGUUGACCAAGCCCCUCCAUUCAGAAGCCAACCGCUUGCCGGUGGGCGCGAGCGAGGCGGAGAGAACCCCUCCAGCACAAAACGGGAACUACCGCUCUGGACGAUUGCAACGGAACGAGCGUCAAGUGGUGAGCAAUGACGAACAAGCGGAGAGCCUAGAACGCCCGCAGUCUGCGGAUGCGGAGGGUCGGCAGGAGGAGCAAGGCGAGCCACGCCGCGGGUUUCCGGAGCGACUUUUGAAGAUGCAGCGGUGUCAGAUAUGUUGCGAGGAGAUUGGGGAUAGGGAUGCGGUGUAUGCCCCGCCGGGGUGCUGGCACUUCUGUCAUUUCGAGUGCGUGGGCCACUUAUUAUUAGAUAAGCCGAUGUCGUGUGCCUACUGUACUCAGCUGUAGAUGCACGAGUGGUUAUAUUGAGAGAGGCCCUGCGCAGCGCGGUUGGUAAAGUAUGUAGCCAGUUGAGUUUUGCAGGAUGUACAAUGGUCUGCCGAAGUGCUCGACGAGACGCAUGCACGUCCUAUUGUGCUCGCACCGUAGUUACAUACGUUCAGGGAUUCAUUGAAUAGGGCCUUAGCGUACCAAGUACAGCUAUGAUUGCUUCGAUCAGAGGAAUACGGGUAUCAAUCAUCAGUACACCGUACAACGUAGAUACAGAUUGAAUUAUCAGGACGCUAUGAUAUUGAACCUUCAAGCAAGCUAAUUUGUACCACCCCUAAAGACAGUCCAAAAGAUAGUAGCCUAGGGUAGAUCUGUUACGGGUUAGGCGGGCAACCGGUCGGCGGUAGUAUCUGGGAGGGUACUAUAUUUGUAGUUUGCACUUUUAUUUGAACACUUGAAAUCGCUUGCCGCCGGAUCCUGCUUAUGGGCGCCUGCCAGCCUGCCUGACGAUUUUAUUUGGAAAUAUGUACGAUGGGAAUAUUAACAGUCGUGCCGGU